UGUUUAACCCACAUGGCUGUGGAACUUGUAGUAGGACAUGUGGAAUGUGUUUGGUAAAAAUCACAAUAUUGCGCGUACUUUUUGAGCUUAUAAUAAAAUUGCAAAAUGCGCAAAAAUACAGCAUUAAUCGCAUAAAUUAAACAUUGAAAGUGAUAAACAAUGUCAAGGUGUAUUUUAAAUCACAUAAAAUAUGUGGGGGCAGUGCGGGGAUGUACGAGGAAUGCAAUUGUAAAUUUCUCCCGGAAGGUCUCAUCCUCCUCGUCACGGGAUAAUAAUUCUGGUUCAGUUCGUCAUACAACAAUCCUCGUGCAGAAUGGUGCAAGUAUUCAGGAAUUGCCAGUAAUUGUGAAGAAGGCUGGACAGAGGGAAUUUGUGGCAUAUUGCUCCAAUAAUGUUCCUCUGGAGCCACAGGAAGCACAGGAAAGUGCUGCUGUGGCCACUCCGGAAGAUAUUCAAAUGCCAAUGGAAGUUUUAAGUAGCAUUGAGAGAUGCCUGACAACGAAUGGGGUACUGAGUCUCGUGAAUAGUAUGUCAGAAGAAGAAUUGAGUGCUGAAAUAUCUGCAUAUGCCCUUGAGAAGCUCUUCCGGACGGAAACUUUACUUAAUUUGAAGAAUGCCGAACAGUCGAGAGUAUUUCUACGCCUGAUGGGGACACUGCUCAAAAAGGGGGAUACAAAAUUGCUCCUGAGAGUGAUGUCAAAGCUGAGAAACCUCCUCGAUUUGAGCCACACUAUUGAAUCCUUUUCCGAAGAACUUCUAAUGCGCAACACUGACAAUCGCCUAUCUGUGCAGGAAAUAUGCGAGGCGAUUGAAAUUUGUGUAUCCUGUGGACAACGAGAGGCAGCAGAAAAAUUCUGGACCGGUCUGGCGGAGUGCGCAAGUGAAAUUGAUGAGAGAAACUUAGGAAGAGUCUACAAAGUUGCUCCACUGCUGAAAGUCACCCGAAGAAUGCUCAUCUCGCUUUUGGAUCGAAGAAUUUCAGCAUGUUGGAGUGGUCUCCGUGCCUCGGAAGUCGUGACAAUUCUUCCAGCUCUGGAAAAGUGCCAGUCCCCACCGUUCCGUACUAUGCAAAGUCUUUCCCGGUGGCUCAGUACAAACAUCCAUUGUAUCGAUGAAGCUCACUUGGAGGCUAUUGUUACUGCCCUGACGAACCUACAAUAUGCAGACGCACAACUUGAACGCUCCCUGGAGCGCUAUGUAAAGGCCAGGGGGAUUAAAAUUCAACGACAAACCCUAAUUGUGGCACUUCUGAAUUUUUGCAGCACCUUCCGCAUUCGAAACUAUCACAUCCUCAAUGGAUGUAGUGAAUACUUUGUCAUGAAUGCAUCUACCCUUGAAACAAAGCACCUCCGUGCCAUUGUUACCCCAUUCGGACAGCUAAACUAUCAACCAAUCAACGGCAUGCGCUUCUGGCAAACUCUCGAGGGUACCAUGGAUAGGAAUUUCGGUCGUAUGGCUCCGGGGGAUGUGAUCUCCGUUUCCCUUUCCUGUGUCUACCUCGAAAUGUUCCCCUUGAAUUUCGUGAAGCGCAUUUUCAAUCCCUAUUUUCUCGAUGUAAUGCACCAGGCAUCCCGUCCGGAGAUUGUGGCACAUCAUCGGAUGCAGUUGAAGCUUUUCGACACUGCCAUGGCACUCGAAUGUGCCGACUAUGAUGGCCCAUGGCUGCCACGGGAUCACACUGCUCGGUCUGUGUGGCAGGAUGGGCGUAUCAAGAGAAUCCUUAACCAAAUCAAUCAACAUAUUGAAAAUGUUGCCGGUGGCAUUGAUCGCUUUUCAACAUGCAUCUACUUGGCUCAGCUACCAAUUACUGAGCUUCACAUCAUCGAUAUCCUACUACAUCCCGCUGGACUGGGAGGUGCGUGGAAGUUACGUCCUCGCACUGAAAGAAACAUCCAUACAGCCGUUCUUAUCCAUCUCCCGGAACACUUUAACUCCACCGGAGAAUAUCUCAGUGGGCCCCAAAGUAUGAGGAUCAGGCACUUCCGUAAAAUGGGACUGAAAGUUGUAACGCUAAAAUAUGAAACGCUCGCAAAGCUUAAAAUUCACCCAAAGGAACUUAAUGCUUAUCUCGUGGAAAGAAUGAAGAGCGCCCUGCCAGCCUUUUCUGCUUGAACAUUGUCCUCGUUUGUUGUGGAAAUGCUAUUGUAUUUUAGUAAGCACUGCUAUAGAAAUAAAUGAUUUUAUGACAAUA